AUGUCACCACUCCGACUCACGAUUGAGAAUGGUCUCUUCCGAGAUUCACAUGGCCGUGAAGUUACCCUUCGUGGAAUAAAUGUUGCUGGGGAUGCCAAGUAUCCCAGCAAUCCAGACCAGCCGUCGCACAUCCUUAAGGACUUUUAUAAUGGAGAUCAUGUUGACUUCCGUUCUCGCCCAUUUCCCCAAGAGGAUGCACAUAUUCAUUUCUCGCGAUUAAAACGUUGGGGUUACAAUACGAUACGUUAUGUUUUCACAUGGGAGGCGAUAGAAUCGGCAGGGCCAGGCAUAUAUGAUGAAGAAUGGAUUCAACACACCAUUGAAAUCCUGCGGCUAGCAAAAAGUUAUGGCUUCUACAUUUUCAUGGACCCCCAUCAGGACGUCUGGUCAAGGUUUUCCGGUGGAUCAGGGGCUCCAAUGUGGACGCUCUAUGCCUGCGGACUCGAUCCUGAAAAGUUCGCUGUGACAGAAGCGGCAGUUGUACACAAUACAUAUCCGGAUCCUGAUAACUUCCCUAAGAUGAUUUGGUCUACAAAUUAUACCCGCUUGGCAUGUCAGACGAUAUUCACGUUUUUCUUCGCGGGUCGGGACUUUGCACCGAAAUGUAUCAUUGAUGGUAAGAAUAUCCAGGAUUACCUUCAGGAUCAUUUCGUAAAUGCCUGCGCCCAUCUCGCAAAACGAAUACACGAAGCAGGAGAUCUCGAGAAUGAUGUGGUAAUUGGCUGGGAAAGCAUGAACGAGCCCAACCGAGGGCUUGUGGGUUGGCCGGAUAUUUCUGCCAUUCCGAGCGAGCAGAAACUACAAAAAGGAACAUCCCCAACUGCAUUCCAAGCCAUGUUGACUGGAUCCGGAAGAGCAUGUGAGAUAGAUACCUGGGAUUUUGGAGGGAUGGGGCCAUAUAAAUCUGGUCGAGUUCUUGUUGACCCUCAAGGAGAGACAACAUGGCUACCAGCUGAUUAUGAUGAGUCGAGAUACAGCUACAAGAGAGACCCUGGCUGGAAGCUGGGGGAGUGUAUCUGGGCUCAGCAUGGCGUAUGGGACCCAUCAACAGAUACCUUGUUAAAGAAAGAUUACUUCAAUAAAAAUCCACGAACCGGGCAAGAACUUAGCUACGAAGAGUUCACAAAUUCAUACUACAUGGAUUACUAUCGAAAACAUCGAGAUGCUAUCAGAGCUCAUCACAAGGACUCGAUUUUAUUCUGUCAGCCUCCAGUAUUGGAAAUACCUCCGUCAAUCAAGGGUACCAAGGACGACGAUCCUCUCAUGGUAUAUGCGCCUCAUUACUAUGACGGAGUCACUCUUAUGACCAAAAAGUGGAAUCGUUAUUGGAAUGUUGAUGUCUUCGGCAUCUUGCGAGGUCGAUAUCUUAGUCCUGCCUUCGCUAUAAAGUUAGGAGAGACAGCAAUCAGGAAUUGUUUCCGUGACCAACUUUCGGCUAUUAGGAAAGAGGGUGAGGAUUAUAUGGGAAAUCAUCCAUGUGUUUUGACUGAAUUUGGUAUUCCCUAUGACAUGGAUGACAAGUAUGCUUACAAGACUGGUGAUUAUUCUAGUCAAUCAGGGGCCAUGGAUGCAAAUCACUUCGCCGUAGAAGGAAGUUCUAUGGCCGGAUACACCCUUUGGCUUUAUAUGUGCGCGAACAAACAUUCGCUCGGCGAUCAAUGGAAUGGCGAGGAUCUUUCAAUUUUUUCCUUGGAUGAUUUACCACUACCGCUCGAAUCCAAUCCGCCAACACCUAGCUCAUCAAGCUCAUCACUGGUAGACCAUAGGGAUGGACCCAAUACCAAACAACAAAACUCAGACGAGUCAACUGUAAACCCAGGUAAUUUAAAAGCAACAUUGAAAACUCCCUCAAUUUUGUCGAAGCAAACUGAUAGCCCCCCUGAACUCACCAAUUCACCUGGUUACCGAGCCGCCGAAGCCUACGUUCGCCCAUCGCCCAUCGCAACCGCUGGUAAGAUUCUUAGUUACGGCUUCGAUCUCCGAAAUUGUAUCUUUACAUUCCGACUCCAUGCUGGCGAAGCAGCCCCCGAAGACACGCCAACUGAAAUCUUCCUCCCCGAAUUCCAUUUCCCGAAAAAUAAAUGUGAUGUUGAAGUUAGUGCAGGGAAAUGGACGAUUAGUACGGAUGAUGAAGAUGGAGGCAUGAUACAGAGACUUAAAUGGUGGCAUGCAGAGGGUGAGCAUUCUAUUAAAGUUACUGGGGUGGUGAGGCCACAGAAUAUGAAGUUAGGAAAGGAGGAGGAAGAGGGUUAUUAUGAGCAGUGUCAGCAGAAUACUCUCCUCUUCGGGAGCACCCUCAGCACCUCACACUUCCCACUCCCCACCCCCGCUUUCCUCCUACCCAUCCUAUCCCCCCCCUCCCUCCGACCUCCUCACCACCCUCACCACCCUCCCCCCUUCCCCUCCCUCCUCGCCACCACCAAACACCGACUCCUCUGCACCCCCCUCACCCAACCCAACUUUCUCCUCCCAACCACGCACUCCUUCCCCCCUUCCCUCUCCAACCCCUUACUUCAAACCCAACUCCUCCCCUUCGAUAUCCCCGUCCAAGUCCUCGAUAUCCACGACAUUGGCCGUUCCAAGGGUGAUUUAUUACUCGCUUUACAAUCCGAGCGACUUGGCGAGCGCGUUUCCGGUCGCGAGGUCAUUCGUGUUCUUGAUGAGCCUUCGCAGCCUUCACAAUUUGAUCUUGGAUCUUCUGCUUCUACGCAAUUUUCCCGGCAAAAUCAAAAUCAAAAUCAAAACCAGCAAACCUCCUCCCCCGGCCCCUUCAAACUCCUCCUCCAAGACCACACCGGCGCCCUCAUCUACGGCAUAUACAUCUCUACAUCCACCACCCCCCCAACCGCAAACACAGCCCUCCAAAUCGGUUUCCCGCCCAUAAUGCACAUAGGGAGCAAGAUGAUGUUGCGGCGCGGAACGCGAGUUUGUAGGGGCUUGGUAUGGUUAGAGAAGGAGACGUGUGUUGUGUUGGGGGGACGGGUGGAGGCGUUAGAUCGGGUUUGGAGAGAGGGGUGGGAGGCGAGGGUUAGGGGGGAGGUGGAGAGGGAAGUGGAGAGGGAGAGGGAAGCGGGUGCUUGA